CUAGAGCCGGCGAGAAGACAGUGAACAUCGGUCCAUCUGUACCAAAUUUCUCUGUCCCCCGACCGCAACGAUUGUCCUUUAGUUCUAUAUUCGCAAGUCACGUGCUCUCGAGAGUCCAGACAAAUUCGAUCGAUCGUCAUGCCGGUGUUUACUGGAAAGAGAUACAAGCUGUUCAGCAGCGAGAAUUUCGACGAGUUCAUGAAGGCGCUCGGCGUAGGUACAGUGACGCGUAAAAUGGGCAGCAGCGUGAGCCCUGUUGUUGAAUUAACAGAGAACGAUGGACUCUAUACGUUGAAAACGACUAGCACGUUCAAGAACUCUGAAAUAAAAUUCAAGCUGGGCGAGGAGUUCGAUGAAGAAACGCCGGACGGAAGAAAAGUAAAGAGCGUCUGCACUUUAGAUGGAAAUAAACUCAUUCAAGUACAAAAGGGAGAGAAGCAGACUACCAUUGAAAGAGAAUUCACGCCGACAGAAAUGAAAGCGAUCAUGAAAGUUGACGACAUUGUGUGCACGAGAGUGUACAAGAUCCAAGACUAUUAACUAAGGAUACACUAUUCCUCAGCGAAUCAAAAGUUUGACAGUGUUGACAGUUCUUGCUAAUUCAAGCGCAAUACAUUGUUUUGGUAAAUGUAAAAAAAAAAUUUUUCUACACGCACAAUAAUACGUAUGAACGUA